AUGAAAGCCUUCCUGCUUUGGCUGCGCUCCUGGCUGACCGCCUUUCUCUCCUCCCCUACUAACUCCCGGACCUUGUUGUCCGGCGCCACGGCGGUGGAAAAGGCGGAUGCCCGGCAACUAACGGGGAAGACCGGUACCAAUUAUCAACAAACUCAGCCAUGUCCCGGCUCAAGUGAUGCCGCUCUUCUGGGCGACGCCCUGACGCUGGCGGGCCAAUUAAGGGGAAAGACACUCCGCAUCCCCGACUUGAGGAAGACGUUCGCCGACUGGCCUUGCGCAACCAAUAAGCAUGCAAAGAAGCUCGAGGGCCUCGUCGACUCAAUGCUCGAGCGCAUAAUCAGUGACGAGAGGAAACUGCGGGCGCUGAAACGCGCUGACUUUGCCCGUCUUCUUGCUCUUUGGUACCCCGAUGCCGAAUGGGAAGAGCUCGUAAUCGCCACGGCCUACUCAGUAUGGAUCUUCGUCUGGGACGAUGAAGUCGACGCCGGCGACACGGCCGUGUCGACCGACGAGGAGCUGACGCGGGUCUACGCCCGUCAGUCGCGGAAUUACGUCCGCCAGGCGCUGGGGCUCGACGAAGGGUCUGAUGCCCAAGCCGGAGGAAAACACGAUGGCGAAGAAGCGCCGAAUACCAACAUGGUACUGUUUACCGACGUGGGACGGGGAAUGCGGACUACGACCGACUUAGUGCAGCGGAAACGCUUUUUCCGCGAGCUGGAGUACUUCAUGCUCCAGGUUGGUAUUGAGCAUACGCAUCGUCUUAGGGGGUCGAUACCGUCGACAGAGAAGUAUAUGGAGAUCCGGUCGGGGUCGGUGGGAUGUGCGCCGCAGAUUUCAAUUACUGAUUACAUGCUUCGGGUAAGGUUACCUGAGUCCAUCAUGGAGAGUGAAGCUAUGAAGUCACUCUGGCGAGAAACGGUUAUUAUAUGUCUUGUCCUCAAUGAUAUAUACUCUGUACAGAAAGAAAUUGCACAAGGCUCGUUUUUUAAUAUCGUGCCAGUAAUGUUCAAGAACAGUCCACCCGAGAACCAGAAGGACCUCGAAUCUGUCACUGCCGAAUUCAUGGCUGUUCUGGAGGAGUCGAUGAGGACUUUUGAGACGGCGGUUGACAAUCUGACCAAGAUGACGGCCGACGACGCACAGCUCAGCACCGACACACAAGCCUUCAUCAAGUGGUGCCGCUACUUCAUUACUGGUGUGCUCGAGUGGAGUCUCGAGUCCAGGCGGUACGGCAUGGCGAAGUGUAUACAGGAGGAUGGAUCCCUGAGUAUACCAUUCUAG